AUUCAUCAUUCCUAAUUAGAAAAAAGCUUCCGUAGCAGCUCCACAUCAUGAGCAACACGCACAGCGGCUCCUCACCAAAACCACCUGAUUCGAUUCGUCAUCCACAACCGCAACCACCACCGUCUACCACCACUGCUUUGGUAGGGUACUUUACAUCAUCUAUCUCGUUGACUACCGUCAAUAGCAUUGAGGUCCUAUUGUUACUAAGGAAUCAAUCCAUCCUCCAGCAAUCGCAGCCAUCCAUUAGCGAGCUAGAUAGCUGCUACUUAGCUAAUAUCAUACAAUGCCAGAUCAGACCAAUCACCAUGGUGGAGGAGGAGGAGGAUUCCGCAUGGAAGUGAAGCAACAGCAGACGAAUCGGAAACGCAAGCGUGCUCAUGCGUCUGCCGCCUUGAGUGCCGAUGAAUUUGGAGGAGGAGGAGAAGAGAGAGCGGCGUCUCCUUCGAACAGCGAAGCUUCCACCGUCAAGACGAGCAACAAGGAAGCAAGACCCCUGCAAGGGCAACAACAACAUACUACUACUACUACUGCUAUCAGCAAUAACAACCACCACCACAAGAGGGACAAGCCACAUCAACAACAACAACCAGUCCAACAACCCGAAGGAUGGAGAGUGAAAUUGUAUCGUUUGAAUGCCGAUGGCUCGUGGGAUGAUUGUGGCACGGGUCGAGUUGCGUGUCUCCGAAGACCAACACCGGUCAAACCCAACACCCCACCACCCAUCUUGGAGAAUACUACUACUGCCACGGCGAAAACGGAACAACAAACCAACGAACACACCGCCGCUCUGGAUGCUUGGAUUUGUCAAGAACUGGGAGAACCCACACUCUGUAUGCACGCCGAAGUCGUCAACGAUGUCACACCACCCAAAAUACUACUGCGCACCAGAAUCCUACUUAGGGAUGCCUAUCAACGACAGGGAGACAAUAUCAUUACGUGGUGUGAACCAUACUAUGAUCACAACCACAGCAAUACGAAUGCCAAUCACCACAAUGCGGCCCAAAAGAAACCUUCUGAAGCAGAUGCGUCGUCGAAAAACAGCAACAGCAGUGGCGUCGACUUGGCAUUGAGUUUUCAAGACAAUGCGGGAUGUCUCGAUAUUUGGAGACAAAUCACUACUGUACAACGACACGCGGCCGAAUUGUAUCGACGACAUCAACAACAACAGCAACAGCAACAACAACAAUCACAAGAUGGUGGUGAAGACGAACCCUUGCCGGCCAAUGAUGUCUUGUCGGUGCAACAAAUGGCACAAAAAAUUGCACAAGAUCAUCACGAUGAAUUGGAACGACAACAGAAUCAUGAAAUGUGGGUCAGCAUGACGGGAAGUCAACAACAACAGCAAGGUCAAGCGCAGCAACAACCAUCGCAACAUCCAUUACCACAACAACAAUCCGUACCACAGCCACAUGGUUUUGACGAUGAAAACAACAGCGGCAACAAUACUAUUGUCCAUCAUCAUCACCAUCAUGGACGGGGCAAUGCCAUCAACAACAACAAUACCAACAAUGCGAAUGCUGCCAACAACAACACUAAACAGCAACAACAACAACACAUGGAUCAUCAUCAUGGACCGUUUGGAAAUGGCGAUGAUGGUGGAGCCGAUCUGUAUGCGGGGGGAUCACCCAAUAAUAAUAACAACAACAACAAUGAACCCAUUCCAAAUAAUAAUAAUAAUGUGGCAUUGUCGCCGCAGUUGCCCAAUCCACCCACACUGGCCAAUUUGGAGGAAAUUGCCGAUACCAUUGCCAGAGUACAGCACAUUCAACAACGAGAGUCACUCGCCAUGUUUAUUUCGCAAAACGAAUGUGCCUAUUUGAAAUCAUUACUCUCGCUGUUUCCUUCCGCGGAGGAUCGGGGAGAUUACGGAUCUCUGGCAACCUUGGCGGCAUGUGUAAAAACAAUCCUCUUGCUCAACGAUCCGUCCAUUCUGGAACUCAUUGUCGCAGAAGAAGUCAUCUUUGAAGAAAUUUGUGCCACGCUCGAGUAUGAUCCCGAUUUGAGAGACAAAGCCAAUCAUCGAUGGUUCUUGCGGGAACGGGCGCGAUUCCGAACAGUCGUACUCAUGGAAGACGCCGAACUCGUCGCCGCCAUUCAUCGCGCGUUUCGUGUCAAUUACUUGAGGGAUACAUUGCUCCGACCGACCAUGGAUGAAAGCACUUUGUCCACCUUGUCAUCCUUGCAGACAUUUACACAUGCCGAUGUCGUCAAGGGAGUCACCAUGUCUCCGCCACUGCCACAACUCAUCAACAACAACAACAAUACUGCGGACGGUCAGCAGCGACAACAACAGCAUCAUGAUCACGAAAAGGAUGUUUCGGCACAGGAUAGUUACUUGGUGCGUGUCAUUCGAGUUCUGGGAGUGGAACUGCACGCACUUUGUCACAUGGAAUGGACGGAAUUGGAAAACAGACCGGCAAAAGCGGCAGGGCGUAACAAUUUUUUGGAUGCUGCCGAUCAGAUGCUGACGGAUCCUUCCAUUGUGGUAUCGGGUGGGAAGUAUCUGGAAUCGCAAAAGGUCUCGGCGACAUGGCGACAACAUUUGGCCCCGCAGGAUGGGUCAUUGGUAUCUCGAAGGAUACGAAGGAGGGGAUGUUUGACCUUUUUGCGGGAACUUUUCAACAUGGUCCGUAUUUCAUUGCAACAAAGCGACAAGGACAACUUCUUUUCUGUGAUUGUGUCCAUGGAAAUUGAGGUCAUGAGCAGUGAAGAUGCCGAAAAGGGUGGGAAAAUAUCCGACAAUGAGUCUCAGACCAGCAAGAUUGUGGAAGUUGGUUCUGUUGCGGCGAGCGAAAAAUCGGAACGCUUCGACGAAAAGGGAGAAAGCAGCUCGCAACAUCUGGGAUUGGAUUUCAUGCCACUCGCAACACCCGUCAAUCUUCUUUCUUUGCUUGGAACGGUAUUGUCCGAUCCAAACACGGACGUGACCGAGAAAGGCCUCGUCUUGGAGAUCAUUGCGGGGGUGGCAAUGCACGACCCUGGCUUGAUCCGGAGACAUUGUCUAGAGUUUCAUUCUUCGUGGAAAAGAAACCAGAAUGCCCCACACCAGGACGUCGCAGGGCUAGGACGGCCAGAGGCCAAUGAGAAGAAGCAAGUCAUAUUCCUUUGCCCUCCCAACGACUUGUUGGCGGCUCUGUUGUAUUUGCUGGAUGCUGAAAUCGAUGCUGGUAUCCUGUUGCAAGUCUCCGAAAUCAUGCGCAUCAUUCUCGACACGGAUAUGAUGGGGGAGCACGUGGGCGCUGGCUUUGGCGACGAGAACGGCGUUUUUGCCGAUGAAGCGGAAGGCAUCCCACCCGGCAAUGGUGGCGGGGUCCAAGCGCAACCACACGAGCAACACAACCAAAUGAACAAUAACGGAUCGGCUGCAACAACAACCGAACAGAAGCAAUUCUUAUCCAUGUUCUAUGAGCAUUUCAUUGAUUGGGUCGUAGCUCCUUUCCAAUUCACAAUAUUGCACCCACUUCGACGAGUCCCAGACACUGUUCUCAUUUCUCAAUCAGAGUCGCCCUUAUUGAUGCAGAUGAUGAAGGCAUUCAAGGAGGGAGUCACACAAGAUGACGGUUUGUUUCGAAUCAUACCGAGGUCUGCCAUUCGGACUUCGUUUGCGGUCGAACUGUUGAGCUUUUGUGUUCGUGCCCAUUUGUAUCGAAUGAAGAUAUUCCUGUUGAAGUCAAGAGUUCUUAGCAACGUGCUUAAGCUUUUGAAACCUCAUUCACUUAUGGACAGCACCUCGGGAGAUCGAUGUCUGAAACUGGCAGCCUUACGUUUUCUUCGUGCCAUUCUGUCAGUGAACGACGAAUUCUAUCAUCGUCACAUCAUCCAUCACAACUUAUUUGAACCUGUCUUUGAAGCCUUUCGCGCAAACCCGGUUGGCGACAAUCUUGUCUCGUCAGCUAUUGUGGAGAUGUGCGAUUUCAUCCACAACGAGAACAUCAAUUCCCUUAUGGAGUACAUUGUGACAAAACAUCUUUCAGUUGCUCGCAGCGAAUCGGCAGGACCAAGUCUGGAGGAUGUGUCUAGCCCGUAUGUGAGCACGUUGACAAACUUGCGCGAGGCUUAUGAAACUGCCAGGCAGCAGCAACAACAACAGGGGAAGAAUGGUCCUUCAUCAGAGUCUGAGAACCAGGGGGGAGAUUCCCGAUACUUUUCAGAGAAGACAGGCCCCCCGAGUCCACGGGUAUUGAGUGGGAAGGCUCUUGAAGAUCAGCGCAAGUUCCAAGAAGAGCACGCAGAAGAAUCGUACUUUGACUCAGAUGAUGAGCAGCAGCCGCAGCCACCCAGCAACACGGUGGUUCCACCGGCAGUCGACGAAGUUGCGGCCCAAGAAGGGGAUGCUGAGUUGCAUAGGCCUUCGCGUAUGUUCGCUCUGUCGCCAGCUCCCAUCCUUAACCACGGGAAUGCGCCUCUCGUCCAAGAAAACCAGCCGCCGCAACAAGAAACGCCCAUCCAAGGAAACAACCCCACGACUGGACGCAAUAGCGAGACACUUGAUGGGAAGAUAAGCUGAUGGCACGAGGGUUUCUGCAAUAUGCUGUGACUGCCGAAGAUGUCAGGACUUCUAUAUGCACUACUUCACAGGCACAAGUUGUUUGUAGUAGCUCUAUAGUUUUUAUGCGUUAUAUUGUUUGUAUGAAUGGCCUAUUUGCAAGGGUCGAGUCACAACGAUCGCCCGAUGAUGGAUCUUGGGGUGUUCUCAAAAGUCUUGUGGCUGUGUGCUCCUUGCUUGGAUGGUGGUGUCAUUGGGCACGGUUGGGGAGCUGGAGACGCAUCCAUGAAAGCGGGUACACUGGUUUGCUUUGCGAUAGCUUGGUGGAGUCGGGCUUGGACAGGAGCAAGGAUUUGUUGGUCAUAGAAGACGGCCUUAUUCACAAGAGACAAGUUUGCCACUUUGGAAACAAAGCAAUGCACUGUGAAACUUCCUGAGGCUGAAUCUGACAUGCCAAGGGCUUCAAAGGCGUUCAAAAGAGACGCGAAGGCGAUCGUGGAAGCUCUGGCAGAAACCAAAGCACUGUCUCGAACAGCAAGUUCUGUCUGGACCUUGCAAAGAAUGAAGGCAGUAUCUUUCAUAGCUUGACUCAUCUUCAAAGAGGGCACUAGUUCCAUGUAGCUUCUGACAAAGCCAAGCGAUGUUGGUGGAUGCAGUUUCCAUUCCAAGCCUUCUAGAAGAAUGCGUUCCAUGCUUUCAAGGUCUUGGGAUGUGAAGGUGUUUCGACUGAUCUUCUCGAACUGACUUGUGGAAAUAGCAACUGUCUCGUGGACCUUAAUAGCAACGUAAAGGGCAGUUACCACCAAAAGCUGGAAUCUGUCAGACUUUUGAAGGACCUCCUUCCCUUUUGCCGAAGCAGCGAAUCGAUCAACAUACGACAUGGCAAUUUCCACAGUCUCUCGGUCCAAAGAGCAGAAGUCGAUGAUCUUGUUGGCCCAAUCGCACAGAACAUUGCGUGUCUGAGUCGUGACGGCCUCGUGGGGAGAGCAAGCUGCGGCGACACCUGAUGGGCUCAAUGGCGUACUUUGAUGGUAGCAAUUGCGGCAGAGGUAGGACUUUUCUUCCUGGAUGCGCAUUGCCCGAAUGGUAUCGACAAUGUCGUCCUCGUUGUUGUUUCCAAAGCAAGCCAUGAUUAUUAAAUGUGGAAGAAAGGAUUUGUGAACAGAUGAAUUCGUGAUGAGCAAAGAUGCCGAAUGGAUUGAAACCUAUCCUGUCAAAGAAAAUAUGAGACGGGGAAUGGGAAGACAAGAUGUGAGCUUUCAUUCAUGCCGAGGCAAUCUCACCUGUAGCAGCGAGCUACGGUAGGUGACCAGUGAGGUAGUUUAGCAAGUCUCAUUCGAUUACGAGCUUUGUAGACCUACGUACACUGCAGUAGGACAAAUACCGGUAUAUCCAAUCAAUCGUUCCAUCACGGUUGCCAUUCUGUUCGGCAACUCUGUCUGGCCCGUCCGAUUUUUUGUAUGCGUUACAACUCGGUCCGGUAGUUUCUGCUAGGGGGUGGUACAAAAGCUACGGUGGUUCAGUCUUUCCUUUUGGAACAGACUGAAUUUUCGAGGCGGUAUCCUCGGUUGCCACUUUUGUGUGAGAGAGAGCCCAGGUAGGAGAGGCCAUAUACAUGCCACCGCACUCUUUGGGUCCGGUUGAAGUAAGUCUUCCUGAAACCAGGCUUUCGAGAGAACGAUGCGUUUAGUACAAAGUCCCACCAAUGACACUUUGCGACAGGCAACGAACGCUCGUUUCCGAAGCAGAUAAGUGUCAACGAAGGGCACAAAUUGGGUAAAUUGGGAAGGUUUCUAGCGGCUAGACAAAAAAGUAUCCGGUGGAAGUCCUACCGUAUAACAUGACAGUGGCCGAAGUGUUUUAAAAAGAUCAAAAGUUGUGCCUAACGCAUGAAAUCGGAUCAUUUUUCGAUGUGUAUUGUGGUGGGAGUCAACUCGGCAUGCUGUCAUUUGUUAUUGCUUCAAGUACCGUACCAAAGACGGCAACCGUUCGAAAGUCUGAAAGAUCCGUCAAAGUCCUUGUGAUGAGAGUUUACCGGUACCGGGAUGGUUGGACACAUCAGAGCUGCACCAAACAAACUUACUAUCAUAGUACAAUAGCUCUACAAUUGCCCAAAUCCACUGUGGAUUGACUCUUGUACAUUUGGUUCAGCAACUGAUGAUCCUUCCGCUCGAGCCAGCCACAGACGAUUGAUCUGCGAUACAGGCAGCAAACGCCUCACCAAAUAUAGGCAAUGAUCUUAGGAGUGCAAGGGGUUCAGAACUCACACAUCAGAAGUAGUCCACCCGGUUCACCUCUCGCUCAGCUGAUGUCCUUUGGAUUCGUGUGGCUUUUCGUGCACCUCCUCACAUGAGGCUGGAUUUGAAUGUGCUGAAGGUGCCGCGGGAGUCAGUUUUCUGGCAACCGUACCGUACCACACGUCUCACGACCGCACCAAUGUUCAAGGCUUGUUUUAGGGUUAGAGAUACAAGAGAACUGCAAGGCCAGCUGUCACACCGCUGCGAGAAAGAUCCACGAAACCCUCACAAGCGUGUCUUGUGGUGACAACCUCUACGUACGUGUACAUGGCCAACCCCUUGGUCUUGUAGUUGUUGUUCGCAACCCACCUCAGUGGUUAAGCUGGUCAAUAAGGCAGAAGAGAGUCGUACAGCACAUCACAGAUCUCCGAACACACUCUCCUGGGACGACCAAGCUCUGUCGUUGGGUGUUCGAGCCCGUUUCGAAAGUGUAUUGGGGUAUAUCCGGGACUGCAACCAUUUGGCUACAAGUUGGGAGAUGAUAGUUUGGACGACUAUGCCCCUCCACUGGCACUGGAAAGGCGGGCUCUUUUCUCCGCAACUGAUCAGGAUGAGGUACCGGUAGUUACGGGUUCGCACUUGUGCCGAGGCAGAAAACGAACAGCCAUCUUCGGUUGACAAGAAAUUGCAAGACCUUUCCAAGAAGAAGCGUGGAAACAGGAGUAUGGUGAAUGUUCGCAAAAGAUUCCUUACAAAGUUUUGCAUCGAGUGGCAGGUCAAGCGCCAUGCGUCAAAACCAGACCAGUGGGCAGCAGUUGAGGUGGCAAUGCUCGCUGUCAGCCAGAUAUUAGUUGCAUCUGUUCCCAACGACAGUGGUAUCAAGGUUCCGUGACUUUUGUGUUCAAUGAUGUCGCGACAAAGAGUCUCCCAACCGUUGCCGGUUUGGUGGAAUUGGUAUGGGGAUGAAGCUGACUCUUAUCAUCGCAACAAUGUUCUAAAAGAUGGGCGAAAGAAACACAACGAGUAAAAGGCAAAGCAGGACGUGCAAUGAAAGCUCUAUGAGGGCACCCUGGGUGAUAUAAUGGAAGGUUUCUCUACUUUUCCGCUAAUACGCUGGCACUGGGCAAAAGCUCUAACCUUGGCAAUGACACCUAUAGAAUACGGUAGUGAAUUGUAUAUCUGUAUCACAGAUUCCGAAGGUAUUCUGCAACUUUUUGAGCAAACUUCUCCUUGUCACCCUCGGCUUCCGACAAAUUGUGGUUUGCGUUCGGCAAGAAACACUCUACUGAAACUCCUUCUUCCUUCCCGCCGUUGAUGGCCUUGCACAAUCUUUCGGACAUGCGUUUGCAAUCCAACUGUUUGGGGACGUAUUCAUCGGCUCCAGAGAACGCCACCAAAACCUUGCGAUCCGACACGUUCGACAUGUGACCUAGUCGAUCCACAAGCUCCUCGUCUGUCCAGUCCGAAGAGAAGAAGUCGUCGGCUCCUCCUUUUGCGUGAAGGCCCAGGUAACGCUGGGCUGUAAUUGGUGCCCAAAAUGCUGCUCUUGGCAUCAUUUCAAGUUCUUUGCCUUCCUCCUUCAGUUUGUUGGCGAUCUCUAAGUAAGUGUCAUAUUUGGAUGUUUCCCACACUGCUUCUUCCCGGUCGCUCACUGGAGCUUGCAGCGCAAUGACCUGCAAUAAAGUUGUGCGUCAUGGAAUGUUGAGAAACAACCUUAGAUUCCAAAAGCAGACUAUUUAUUGACAAACUUCGAUUGUACAAUCUUCCACCGUACCUUUGUCUUUUGAACCAUAUC